AUGCGCCGGGCUAGCCGAGACUACGGCAAGUACCUGCGCGGCUCGGAGGAGAUGGGCAGUUGCCCUGGCGUCCCACACGAGGGUCCGCUGCAUCCCGCGCCUUCAGCACCCGCUCCGGCGCCGCCCCCCGCCGCCUCCCGCUUCAUGUUCCUGGCGCUCCUGGGGCUGGGGCUGGGCCAGGUGGUCUGCAGCAUCGCUCUGUUCCUGUACUUUCGAGCGCAGAUGGAUCCUAACAGAAUAUCAGAAGACAGCACGCGCUGCUUCUACAGAAUUCUGAGACUCCGUGAAAAUACAGGUUUGCAGGACUCGACUCUGGAGAGCGAAGACACGGAAGCACUACCUGACUCAUGCAGGAGAAUGAAACAAGCCUUUCAAGGGGCCGUGCAAAGGGAAUUACAGCACAUUGUGGGGCCACAGCGCUUCUCAGGAGUUCCAGCUAUGAUGGAAGGUUCGUGGCUCGAUGUGGCCCGGCGGGGCAAGCCUGAGGCUCAGCCGUUUGCACACCUCACCAUCAAUGCUGCCAACAUCCCAUCGGGUUCCCAUAAAGUCAGUCUGUCCUCUUGGUACCAUGAUCGAGGCUGGGCCAAGAUCUCUAACAUGACGUUAAGCAACGGAAAACUAAGGGUUAACCAAGAUGGCUUCUAUUACCUGUAUGCCAACAUUUGCUUCAGGCACCACGAAACCUCAGGGAGCGUACCUGCGGACUAUCUUCAGCUGAUGGUCUAUGUCGUUAAAACCAGCAUCAAAAUCCCAAGUUCGCAUAACCUGAUGAAAGGGGGGAGCACUAAGAACUGGUCAGGGAAUUCUGAAUUCCACUUUUAUUCCAUAAAUGUUGGAGGAUUUUUCAAGCUCCGGGCUGGUGAGGAAAUUAGCGUCCAGGUGUCCAACCCUUCCCUGCUGGAUCCGGAUCAAGAUGCAACGUACUUUGGGGCUUUCAAAGUUCACGACAUAGACUGA